AUGGCGCAGUAUAAAGGAGCUGCCAGCGAGGCUGGGAGAGCCAUGCAGCUGAUGAAGAAGCGAGAAAAGGAGAGAGAGCAGCUUGAACAGCUGAAGCAGAAGAUCGCUGAGGUUUGUAACUUUUCCUCAGGAAUGAGUGGGCGAUAUGAAACCGUCAUACCUCUUAUUACAUAGGUGAACCACACUGUUUCAAACAUACGGGGCUGCAGCUUGUAGGGAGGAUGGUGUGUCACGUGACCGGUGACCCUUGACGUCACCCCGGUAAAAUUAAAAAGUUCAGCUAUGCACACGAAAAAGUCACAAUUAUUCACUGUACGCUCGAUACAAGAUAGCAUUAAGUUAGAAAUGACGAAAUUACGCAGUUACUCGCUAUCCGUCUCCAAUAUUUUUGUUUAAUUUAUUGAAUUUCGUCUCAUAUAUUACCUUUUCUAACUAAGAAAUUCUCUUUAGGAUUUAAAACCGCUUCCAUAGAGUCAUGCACAUACAUGUUGGCACACCCAAGUAGUCACUGCAUGCAUGUAUUUAAUGCAUAACUUUUUACUCUGCAGAAAAUUAAGUCUGGUGAUAAUUAUCAGCAGAAAUUUUCAUUUCUUUCCACCCAUGUAUUUGACUCUUUAAGCUUUGAUCAAUACAACACUGGUUGUGUUUCCUCCCCCUCCAAAAGCAUUUGUGAAAAUUGAUCACGAUCAUGAAUACACUUGAAAAGUACUGCAACAAAAUCAUGAACACCUGGGCAAUUUUAUUUGAAAUCAAUUUUAUUAAGUUUGAACAUGGAUUCAAAGAAAUAAGAUAAAUAGAAAAAUGCCAUUUACACACAGAGGAUCAUUUAUGCAAUCAAUCAUUUGACACUUUAACUUUGUCUGAUUGUUGUUGAUAAGGUCAAACUGGUUAUGAUAGUUCUCUGAAUGUAUUGUAGUGGGUGUUUAUGGUGUAUUAGGCUGCAUCACGCUUUAAGGUGUCCCCUUAUAUUUUGUUGCUUUAUGUUUAUCAAAGAAGUGGACCAAAUAUAUGGGACACCUUUCAUAAGCGUUUACCACCACGACCCAAAACAUCUUCAGUAAUAACUACAAACUACAAUAAUCAUAAAUUGAAAAUGAAGAAGCGUCCUGAAAGUAGAAUUUGUGAUAGAUCAGUUUGUGGCAGGUGAACGUAUUCCAGUUAAAAGGAAAUCUACAAUAAGAUGUGCUGGUCUCAAAGCAAUUGAACACCAUGACUUAAGUGUCCAAUGAGACCAGACUAUUUCAGUUUUAAUCUCUUUACAAACUGAUGAAUAUAAGUUGUUCAAGAGAAGCCAUCAGCUGGAAUACUGAGAUAUCUGUGCUGUUGUAAAAUACAGACCUGGUACCCUGAGAAAUUAACUGGAGUGAAAGCUCUGCAUGACUUUACAGUGUCAUCAGGAUUAAAAUGAUAUUAGCAUUUGAAACAUUUUGAUUAAUUAUCCAGAUUCGAGAAAGAUUUAAAGUGGUUCCAGUGGUUCAAAGGAUUGGUUUGCAGUAAAGACUAAUUCACAUUACAAUAAAACCAAUCAUGAAAUCUGAAGAAUAGAUUAUCUAACUAAACCAAAUAAGCUCUUCAUUACUGCAGAAAAAAUCCAUGUAAAGACUGUGAGAUAAGACAGGUAUCUUUUCAAACCUUUUAGACAGACAUGCCUGCACUCUGAGCAGUAUAUCUGAACAUAAGUACAAAGACCACCAUCAGAAAGGCUGCCAUAUGUUUAAUAAGCCACUAGAUGUCACUGUGCUUGUCAUGAAACUUCAAAGCUUUCAGUCCGUCUCAACACAGUGAAGUCAAAAGCCUCUAAGCUUCAUAAGGUUUCAUCCACUCAGCUCUUGCUUAUUUAUCUACAAAGUUGUAACGCUAUUACUAUUCACAUUUUUAUUAACAUGGCUUAGUUAUGGUUGAUUAUGAAAUAUUUACAUGUGAAAUGAAGAGACUUAUCCACCAGUGCCCUGAACAUGUUUAUAUUUCAAAAUAACUGUUAACUCAUCUAUGUGUAUCUGUGUCUCUGUUUUCAGGACAACAUGGUCAAGUCGAACAUUGAUAAGAAGUUCUCUGCUCAUUAUGAUGCUGUAGAGGCAGAACUCAAGUCCAGCACUGUUGGUAUGUGUAUUUUUUUCAGGUGUGUAAAACCUGAUUUGAAAUCAUACUGAAAAAAGUUGCAACAGUACAUCUCUAAACCAUUAACAUUAGAUUUGAAGAAGAGGAUAUUUGUGUGUAUUUUACUCUUGUUUUUGUGUGUAUAUCAUGAUAAAGAAAUUAUUGAGACCUGAUUCCUGUUUGACUUCCAUUUAUUGAUCAGGUCUGGUCACACUGAAUGAUAUGAAGGCCAAGCAGGAGGCACUGGUGAAGGAGAGAGAGAAACAGCUGGCCAAGAAGGAGCAGUCCAAAGAACUCCAGCUGUGAGUCUCAAUCCCUGACCUUCACCAUCACACGUUUGUUUUUAGUCGCCGAUGUAGAGCUCAGGGCUUUCCUCUGUUGUUUGUGCAGGUCUUUGUGCAAAGAUUCUCUAAACAUCCUUAAUGUAGUGAGCAGAAUCAAUUCCUCAUUCAUGGUCCAUGAAAUUUAGUCUAAUCAAACAACAGCUGUAAAGCCUUCAGGUCGUGUUUAAAAAUAACCCUGUUUACAGGCUGAUGGACCUCUAAGCAUGCCUUUACACAUCUGGCAUAAACAUGUGUCUCCACGUUGGUCUUCUGGGAUUAACUGUGGUCUCACUAUUCUUUUUUUAUGCAAAUGAGUGUGCAUUUUUUAAUGAAGUGCAUUAAAUGAUGAGAGAGUGUUUUUAAAUGGAAAGCACAGGAAGAGAGUUUACAAGGAAAGGAGAGAGCGUGCUGAUUUGGAUCAAAGUGAUGAUAUUAAAACUGAUUUUAAACUCUUUCAUCAUCACACCAUGUUAAUGUUAAUGUUGCAGUCUGGUUGGGUCGAGAACUCACCACUCACUUAAGUUUAGAAUUGAGGUAAUAACAACAGUUUCAGUACAACAUAAGCAAUAAUGUUAGCUACUGGGGGUGGGAGAAAAAGUGGAUACAGCAUUGUAUUGUGAUAUUUUGUCUGGUGGUAUAUCAUCUCAUCCACCAUGUAUCUAUUUUUUCAAAUCAGUUGCUAACACAAACUCAAGUCUAUGUAAAUGGAAAAAUAAAAUCAACUGUUUGUCCAUUGAGGUUGGCAGAGCUGACAUCAUAGAGCAGGAGAAAGUUGAUACAAUAAACAGCACCUGGGGAGGGACAUAAGGAAUGAAAGCAGGGCACAAAUGAGAUCGACAUGGCUCGACGUUAGCAAGAAGGGCUGCAUGAAAAUAAAAUACUGUGUAAAUGAGACAAACAUAAAGACAAAUGCUUUAUCAGCUAAACAGUUAAAAAAUUGUGCAAAUACCAAUUUAUGGUAUCCCAAUACUCACUGUAUUGCAAAAUGUUUAAAAUUGCAAUAAAACUAAAUCGUGGACCAAGUAUCGUGAUAAUAUUGUAUAGUGGGGCCACUGGUGAUUCCCACCCCUAUUAGCUACAUAACAUUAUGGGACUUGGCUUAAGCAUUGUGACACUAAAAGCAUAUGUGUUGUUACACCUUAACUGUAAAGGACCUCCGCAUAGACUCACUUAUCACCCCACAACACCACUCCAAGGAGACGCUCUCUACACGACUUUAACUUGUUAGUGCUGAUUUAGCUGUAAUACAACAGUAGUUAAAAGCCACAGGCAGUUAAGGCUGAAUCAUGAUCAUAUUAAUACGUUAUUUAUGUAGUAAUCUUCAGUGCAGGUAAUUAAGUGCUUCACAGUGUGUAAGUAAUAAAAAGGCAAACAAUAAAAGAAGCUAAAAGCUGUUCUAUUAAAACAACGGACAAAUAAAAUCACAGGUUAAAGACCUUCCUGUAGAAAUGUGCCCUGAAUCGUGGGAAAGAAAGAAGGGUCUAGUUCUGAAAGUCUGUUCUCUGACAGCUUAAGUCUCGGCAACUUUGGUUUUUAAUCUGGACCUUUGAUUGCAAACCACUACCUGAAGAUCUCAGACAUCAUCCGGACUCAUAGGGGGAUAAAAGUUUGUAAAUAUAGGGAGAGACAAGUUCGUGUAGGGGCUUAAAUGACAUUAAAAAGAAUCUUGAAAUCAGUCCUGAAAACAACGGUGUUGAUCUUCUUCAAUAAGCGUGAUACAGGCACAUUUGUUAGUUCUCUUUAAAAGCCUAGCUGCUGUAUUUUGAAAUAAGCGUAAACACAGGUUAUUAGAUGUUACUGUAGAGACAGCAUAUAAGGGGAAAUUUUUCCUCUGACCUGGUUUUAGGAAAAAAGACUAACAAGGAGUUCUGUUAGAGUCAAGUGUGCAAAUCUGGUGGUAAUGAAACCUGCACAAUAUGGAAUUUCGUGAUAUCAUCGUUGUAAAUGUGUUGUGAUAUAAAGAAGAACUGAACAUUUUUUAAACAGACUCCAUCUCCAUCUGCGUGCAAAAGUCAGGAGGAUUAUUGGCUCUAACUUGCGUUUUUUUUUUUUUCCUUGGUGUGUUUGCUAACAUAAUACCUGUGUUUACAUGUCCUGCCUGAACCCAGAGGGAUCCCAUUAAGAAUUUCUUAAUAAUUCUUCUAACUGCCACUAAUGACUCAGAGGCUGACAACCAGCAAGUUUGAGGUUUUUCUAAUUGUGUGAAAAUGAUGUGAGAGAGUGGGCAUUAUACCAAGGUCUCCUUUCAUCAGGUUAAACAAUGAAAGCCUGCUGAAAUGUUUACUGUCAUAUGUUCAUGGUUUAAAGGGUGUCAUAUGCAGCUGACAUUUGUGCAGAAAGGGGGAUUAAAGACCAGCCAAAACAGUUCCAUAUUUUGUGUGGCUUCCUCUGCCAUGCUAACACAUAAUAAAUAGGAUUUAUGGACAAUCAAGUCAUGUAUGCAAAGAGUUCUGCUCCUGUUAAUUUGAGUGUGAGGAGAUUGAGAGGGCUCUAAAGACUCUCUCUCCUCCUCCCUCCAAGUUUCUCUUUCAUUUAAAACAGGCACUUCUCAAAUUCCAAUACGUUGUCCUUACUUGCACUGACGCUGGUUUCCUGGCCGUUGCUUCACUCCACUCUUUCUGGAACAAGAUGGGUUAGCAUUCUUGCCAGAGAAAAUAGUCAUAACCAGGCAAUCAUAGAAAACAAAACAGUGAUUUGAGUCUGGUUUAACGUCACAGCACACACAACAGAGUCAAGAUAAACGACUGUCUAUCAGCCGGUGCCAAAAGAAAAACCCCUAUUCUGUUUGGCUUCGGCUACUGCAGCUGUUUCUCAUGUUUUAGUCCACGAAGAAAACAGGCCCGAAUCGUAAAUAUAUUUAUACGAGGCUCAUAAAAGACAUUUUCAUGACCACCCUCAACAAUAACCCUUCCAGCAGUGGGUCACAGUCUGACACUCGAUUCCAGCCGUUGAUUAUUUUUUCUUUCUCGUUUCCAGCAAACUUGAGAAGCAGAAAGAGAAGAAGAGGAAGGAGGAACAGAAGAGGAAAAUAGCCAGUUUAUCGUUUAAUCCAGAAGAUGAAGGAGAGGAUGAAGAGGAAAAUGAAGAGGAGGAGCAGGAAUGUGAGUACUGUAAAAAAGGGGCUGAAAAAAGUUGUUUAUUUUCGACUUAAGUUUUUAAGCUCCUGUAAAGAACAUUCUGUCUGUGAUGAUUAUGGCACCCCAUGUGGACAAAGUGAUAACACCUUUAAAUGAUGUGAUUUCAUUUGGGCCUUGCAAGAGUUCUGUUAACAGACAGAAGAAGUCUUCAUGGCAUCUUCUUACUGUGUUAAAGUCACUUCCUGCAGAUAUUUGAGCAUUUGUAAUGAAGAAAUGUUAUCUUGCACAAGCUGAAACAGGAAAAUCUUUAUUAAAUUAAGAUCGAUACAGCAAGAUAACUUUUUUGUCUUGUAGAUCCGCAAAGUUUGAACUGUUUUUGGACUUAAUCCACACAGACAGAACUCACUUGUGUGUUUGACCCAUAAGGCUCAUUAAGAAAACUGAACAGCAUCUUCAUCUAUUAUGAAUAUACUGCUUAUUGAGGUUGGGGGUGUCAUAGGGCAAAAGGUGGGAUGGACCCUGGGCAGGUCACCAGCCAAUCAGAGGGCGACUACAAAUAUCAGGAGGUGGAGAAGUGAACAGUGCCAGAUACUUUACGCACUGAGGCCCCGUUUAUAUGUACCGGUUAUUUUUAAAAACACAGAUGUUAACCAUCGUUUGCACCCUCUGUUUGGAUGCAAACAGAGAAUUCGCCCCUGAAAAGGAUGCUUUGUAAAAACUCCUGCCAGAGUGGAGACUUUGAAAAACUCUGUUUGCACAUUUGCAUGUAAAUGGAGAAAAACAGAGGUAAACAGAGAUAGAUCGGGUAGCCAACAGCAGAUUGUGUGCCGGAAACUGGGUUAAAUGCAAUGUUGUUUACAAUCUACAGUCUAUGUUUACAAUCUAUGGGGAUCAUGGAUGCAUGCAGAAUAGCAGUGGCAUUUAUGCUGGUGCAAUCCCUGUAUAUUUGUUUGCAUUUGCAUCUUUUCCAAAAGAAGGAAGUGACAUUGUUGUUGUUGUUGCUGCGAUGCGGGAUUCCGAUCGGCUAACGUGGGCUUGAGCAUCUCGCUACACUGCCACCUACAGGUUUGGCAUGCUCUUGACGGCAAAUAUACGUGGGUUAGUGUAAACGAAAACAUUUCUGAAAACACUAGUGUAAAAGCAGUUUUUUUUUGUAAACAGAGAGGGUGAAAUGUCUGUUAAUGAAAAUGGCUGGGCACGUGUUAACGUAGUCUGAGAUGUUUAAUUACAGGUGAAAUCAACUAAACUGUGAUCAUUGGUAUAUGGAGUUAAGCUGAAUUCAUGCUGGUGUAUCAAAGAUAUAAAAAAAAUAUGAAUUAAAAGGUUCAGUGAUAGUCAAUAAUCUUGAAAUUCAAACUAUUUGUUGCAGAAUCAGGUGAUGCAUCAAAUAGUUAAAGUCAGAAAGUAGGGAGUCUAAUUUAGCUUGAAGUGUAAACAGAAACAGCCCUUAUGGCUCGUUUCAAAUAAAAGCGGUCACACACCACCUGCCUGCCCCUGAAGUUAAAUGUAGCCAUCUAGCACUUAAGAAAGUCUCUGCUAAUAAUUCGCCACAUUAUGUCAGGUAUACAGUUAGAACAUGAUGCGAUGAGCUAAGUAGAGCCUGUCUUUGCCUCACAGAUGCUCCAGUCAAGAAGAAGAAGCUUGGAAAAAAUCCAGACGUGGACACCAGUUUUCUGCCAGAUCGAGACAGAGAGGUGAGACGUGAAUAGAUCACACUAAUUGUUUUCAUUUUUUUCUCUGUGUGAUGAGAUUUUGGGUGUGUGUCAAUAUGGACUUUGUCAGUAUCGCCAUUUUAUGUAUGAAACUGUUUAUUAUUACAUCAAAAACUGUGUUUAUGUUUCCCUAAUUUUAUGGUUUGGGGUCAACAGUAGUUUUGUUAGUUUGGAAACCAAAGUGUGUUCAGGUCAAGCUUUCCACAAACAAGGCACUGAACCCUCAACUGCUUAGAGGCUCACAGAUGUGUCUCUUUGGAUCCAAGUUUUCACGAGUUAACCUGAGUGGAAGUAAUGAAUUUGCCCCAGAGGGAUUAAUAAAGUGUGAUUUUGAUAGGCAGAUGUUGAUGUUCUCAUCUGGCUCAUUCUAUAUCUGUCACACUGGAUUUUCUGAUUAAUUCUUACAUAACAAAGACACAUGACUGGAAAAACCUUUCUUAUGUAGCUCUUGUGGCUGGAGGUUUCACACGUUAUUUAAUGAGGUUGUCAACGCUGUUAAUACAGUGCAGUAGUUGUAAAUCAAACUGACUUAUACUCUAUUUUUUUAAUCUAGUCUGCAAAUGUAUUUCUAAUCCACAUGUCGGUUUUGCAAUUUUCCUCAUAUUUGUUUGGUGCACUUAUGCUUAGGAGGAGGAGAACCGUCUGAGGGAGGAGCUCAGGCAGGAGUGGGAGCUCAAACAGGAGAAAAUCAAAAGUAAGUGUCAGGAUGGUCAAAAAAUUAAACACUGUUCUUAUCUAAAGCUCUUCUGAGGAGAUUUCUGAUGGUCAUGAAAUAGACCUGAAAUUAAUACCACUGCUUUUCUCUUAUGAUAUACAACAGCACACAAGACCAUCAAAUAUAAGACAGACAUUUUUUAUGUUGUAAAUUUCAAUACCUGAAAUCGCUGAGGAAGGUGUCAGCCAGGCAGCCCUACUUUUAUCAUUUCCCUCAAAAAUUUUCACAGUAAAGGUCGUUAAACACCACCAAAUUAGCGAAGCAACGUGAAAAUGCAAAAUAUUUGGCUUACGCCUUUACUAUACACACCUGGAGUGACUUAAAUAGAAUUCACAUUUUCGCAUAAAAUACACCACAAGAGAACAGAGGGGGCAAGAGAAGAAGGGGAAAUAAUGGCGACUACAUCCUCAUUUGAUGAUGAGCUGGCCAUGGUUGUAAACCUAUUAAAUAACAAAAAGAAAAAGAAGAAUCAAAGUGUCUGGGAACAUCCAAUACUGACCUUGCAACAGGGGAUGGGGGAGUUGCACACAUCAAUCCAGGAGCUCAAAUUGUAUCCAGAGAAACUCCAACAAUAUUUCAGAAUGUCCCUCGGACAAUUUCAAGAACUGCUCCAUCAGCUGACUUCAAGUUUGCAGAAGGAGAGGACAAAUUACAGAGAGCCCAUUUAUCCAGAGUAACAGCUUGCCAUAUGUCUGAGGUAAGAUUUAUAUUAGGCUAUUGAUUUAUACAACAGUUCGCCUGCGAAUGUUCACAAAACUCGCUACAGGGGCGAAAGAUUACAGACGCUUUUUCGCUCUGCGGAAGUUUGUAUGCCGGUAUGAAAGCUUGCAUUGACUUGAGGGUUUAAAAAAAUUCAGUUAUUCGCUUCACCAAUUCGCUUUGCUAAUUUGCCGGUGUGUAACGACCUUCAGUGAUAUAUCUACCAUCAAAAGUCAGGAGACACUACUCGAGCAUGUAGAGGACAAGAAAAGCACAGACUGUUUUGUCCACACGGGGCACCAAAAGUGAAACAAAGUUUCUUUCAAAGCUUUAAUUUUCUCUUUGUCUCUGUUUGCACAGCCACAUGCAUGUGCAUUAGCAUUCGCACUAACUCUUGAAUUUGGCAUGUAUCUUCAUCUUUAGGUGAGGAGAUUGAGAUAACAUUCAGCUACUGGGACGGCUCUGGACACCGAAAGACUGUCAAGGUAUGGCAUGGCGAGCUGCAGUGCUGCUUAGCUGUCUGAGUUUUUUGCAAAGUGGGAGAAGAGUACAUGAUACAAACUCCACAAAGAGUGCCCACUAUAGCAGAUAAUUACAGCAUUCAUCCACUCAUCAAACAAUAAACUCAGCAGAGUUAUUCUUGUCUUCAAGCCCGUUCUGUGUCUUUGUGUGUUUCUUUCUUUUCUUUCUGGCAGAUGAAGAAGGGCAACACCAUUCAGAACUUCCUGCAAAGAGCCCUGGAGGUUCUCAGAAAAGACUUCAGUGAGCUCAGGUGAAGCAUCGGGGAACUCACAAACAUCUCCUUUGUUAAAGGGUUGUUCACACACACACUCUCCAUUAUCCACAAAUUGCCUUUCAGACUGUUAUAACAUUGCAGGGGGCUGCUGCAAUGGGGUUCUUUAAUGCAGUCCUGAAUCUUAGAAAUACAAAGCAGGUAGUCUGGAUUCAUUGAAGCUGUAGCUUACUGGUUCCCCCCCUGUGGGAAAUAUUCUGGCUCUAGAUGUGUUGUACAAACCCACUCAAAAAAACUGACUUGUUCCUUUAAUUAGACUAGCACAAAGCAGAGCAUAUGUAACGGGACUUAUCAUAGUCCUUCUCAUCAACAUUAUAAGAUUCACUUACCUUUUGGAAACGAGUGGAUGUUUACAUUAAGUAAAAACUAGAUUGUGUUUCUAUGUGGGUGCAGGUCUGCCGGGGUGGAGCAGCUGAUGUACAUCAAAGAGGAUCUGAUAAUCCCACAUGUGAGUAUUGUGUGUUUGCCUUACUAACCCUCUCCGUAUCCACAGCUAAUCUCAGCUCCACUGUGUUUGGAUAUUGUGUUGACUUCUCUGUCUGCGUUUAUCGCUGAGGUGAUCCGACCAAUUUAACCCCCCCUGACCUAUGCGUUUGUUUUUUCGUGUUCACUCUGGGCUUACAGAUGUAUCUAAGAGUUCAAUCAAACAAUGACAGUCGCAUUGUCCAUGAACAUAAAAAAACACGAUUACACAGGCUAACAUGACGAUUGUUAUGAUGAUAUUAAUGUGAUUUUAUUUUGCUCUGCAGCUUUGUCUUUAGAUGUCAUCACACUUGAUCUGUUUGUGUCUUACAGCAUCACAGUUUUUAUGAUUUCAUUGUGACCAAGGCCAGAGGCAAAUCUGGUGGGUGAACACCUUAAAAACCAAUAAUUGUCUUUGCUUUUUGGCACAGUUUCUUGAAUCGAGGUCACUUCCAGUCUUAUUUACUCACUUCAUCUUCUCCUCCUCAGGUCCUCUUUUCAGCUUUGACGUCCACGAUGAUAUCCGGCUGGUGAAUGACGCCACUGUAGAGAAAGACGAGGUGAGGAUGUUAUUUUCAGGAAAAAGAUUAGAGGUGUUGAGCCUAGGCCUGAGCGAUUUGGCAAAAAAAAGAUCAUGAUAUAUUCUGUCAUAUUGUCCGAUCUUGAUCAUUAUCAUGAUUUUUUUUUUAAUGUUUUUAAACUGCUAGUUUUAAGGUAUCUAUACUAAUAACUAAAGAAACUAGAGAUUGUUCAACAUUUCAUUACAUCCAAAGUAAAUAAUAAAGGAAAUAAAAUAAAAUAAACUUAGAAAAAUAUAAAACUAGUGAACUAGUUUACAGUCCUAAGUGUUUUUGCAGGUAUGCAAGACCCAAAAUAAACAAAUGGCCCCCUCGGGAUAAUAAAGACGCCUUAAAAUGUACGACGUUGAAUAACUUUUCUUCUCAACGAUGGCAUCUUCGGAGGAUGACUCAAAGUCACAGCUGACAUCUAUUUUGCUGCCCUCAGCUCCGUGUUAAGCUUCACAUACGGUCAUUCUGUUUACUUCUUGGAAAGUUUCAGAAGUGAGCAGUAAACGCUCAACUCUGAUUGGCUGUUGUCACACACAUUUCUGCCAUGUUUGAUCGAGUAAAUAUGCUUACAGCUGAUCACCGUGAUCAAACUGAAAUUGAUCACAAUCAUUAAUCACGAUCAUAUAAUUACCCAGUCCUAGUUGAGCCUUUAAGUGUUAUUGGUGUUUAUAUCAAUAACAAAAGUUACAUAGAUAAAUCAAUAAAUCUACCAUUGAUGGGUUAAACUAGUGUUGACCUCCUCCAGAUAAUGCAAAAUACCCAGUUUUCACUAUGUUGAUUGAAAAGUCAUGUCCAAGUUAAUCCAGGUUCCUUUCUUUUGUCUUCAGUCUCAUGCAGGUAAAGUGGUGCUGAGGAGCUGGUAUGAGAAGAACAAACACAUCUUCCCUGCGAGCCGCUGGGAGCCGUACGAUCCAGAGAAGAAAUGGGACAAAUACACGGUGAGAGCUGGGGUUCAAUCUGAGAUUCCAAACAAGGGAAACAGCUGAAAUCUUUUCCCUGUAAAAUUAAAAACAUGUUACCAUUACAAAUUGACAAUUUGCUUUCUAAGGCCAAUAAUAUUAUGCAGAUAUUUCGUGUUGACUCAAAGGCAGCGGGGCUUAGAGCAUCUGUUGCUGCUUAUCCAGCAGGCUUCAUCAGCUUUUUCAGAUUUUGAGGAAUUUAACCUCUCUGAGUGACUCUGACCUCCCUGAAAUCUCUCUGUCAUCUUUCCCUGUUGGGGUGAAACAGUCACAGAAGCUUGAGGGUACACAGUUUAAGAGUGAAGACAGCUUUUAAGUCCAGCUGUGGCAGCAAAAUGAGAGGUGGAGAGGACAAAUACCAGGCAUGCUGUCAUUCACUGUCAAACUGGAAGAGGAUUUAUUGUUUAAUUAAUGAUAUUUUAAUGUUAUUCAUGAAGGACUCUUUCUUCUAGAUUAAGAACCAAACGAGUAUCAUAGAUUUAUCCAAAGUCAGUAUUAAAAUAACAAGUUUUGUAUUUGGAAAGUCCGAAUCCCAAUCUCAACUAUCUAGAGCAAAAAACGGACUCUGAACUUUAGACGGAAGGAUGAAAAUCCUCAAGAGAGCCAAACAGCCAGAAUGAUUACAGAGACAGUGGUUAAAUGGGUCUCUUUGGACAGCCUAUGUCCACAUCUCUGUGAUAGAGGUGUCCUUUUGAAGGUUAUGGAUCCACUGUGUAUUUCAGACAUCACAGAACUGUAGCGCAAAGUUAAUGACAACAUACGAGGUGAUUUAAACCAUGAUGUGACUGCUGUAAGUUUUUCAACGGACACUUGGAGCUUUGACCUUGGACCUGUGUCAUUACUGAGCCUCCCUGCACACUUGAUUGAUUCCUCCACUUUUGAGUUGAAGUGUGCAGAGUUGCAUGGGGAUCAGUUUUAAGGGUCUUAUGGGACGUCUUUAAGAGUAUUUGUUUGCUUCUCUUGUUUUGAUGUGUGUUGGAUUGAGACUCUGUAUCAGCAGUCUCCACCUCCUCAUAUCGCCAAAACAGGACUACAGGACUGAUCUCAGACACUGUUUGGCACCGCAGUUGAAAUCAGACCAAGAUUAGCGGUCAUGACUGAUUGCACGCCCCAUAUACAGAGGUCAUGCCUCAAGCAGUUGGCCCAGCUCCACCCUGUGGCCCCCUUUGUCACAUAUCACUCCUUAUUCUCUCCCUAUAGUUCCUCCCCUGUCCUCUAUAAAAAUAAAGGCAGUAAAAGACACACACACAGACACACACACACCCCCAACAAAAAAAAACUAACUAAAAAAACAGUCAAAGGAAACGAUCCUCAAUCUAAAUAAAGUGUACAGUCAGUUAUUGUGAGUGGCUGAUGAUUUCAGGUCAGACCAGUGUUUUAUUGGUCUGUCGGCAGAGGCAGUGUACUGUAAAUUACCUGUCAGACAGGUGUCCCAGCCACUCGUAAAUUUUCCUUCUCUUCACAUGCCACAGAAGAAGUGUUCAUACCCGUGUUUUCUUGCCUGUGGCCCAGUUUAAAAGGAUCCAUGCUGGAGAUCUAACUAAUCCAGUCUCAAUUUUCAGAGGAAAGACUUCUAAGUGUCCUCAUCUGUGGACCACAUUUCAUGUUUGUUUUUUAUUCUCUGAUACAAGUUCGCUACAGGACACGUUCAGUCAGACCCCCUGUGAGCCCCACAUAGGAACAGUUCUUUCCAAGAGUGUGAUUCUGGCAUCUGGUCCAAGUUAGAAAAAUCUAAAGCCAGUACCAGCAAUUCCUGGAUAUGUUUUAGAUUUCUUAAAGGUGAUGCUGAAAAGACUUUGUUUCCUCAUGUACGAUUUUAAGGAGAGGAAAGCACAUGGCUUACUCAUGUGAACCUGACCUUAAUCUGCACCCUCAACCUGCAUUAAAGCUCCUCACAAAUGUUUCAUCAAAAUAUGAGAAGAAUGAUCUAUAAUGAUCCCUGUGGUGUAACUGGAUAAACAGCUCUCCGUGUGCGGCGCCAUUGAUGAGCGUACAGAGUCCUCCCCAGCGUAGGGAAGCUGCCAACUUGAUCUAGCAUGGGCACGCUACGACAAAGAGAGCAGCAGUUUAUCCAGAUGCCUGGCAAAUACAUACUGUUCUCUGCAGCUCAAUUAUUACAAAAAAAAGCAAUCAGGUUCAGCAAACUUGAUCUAAUUGUUUCCAGAAGAGGCCACGUGGGGACAAAUUAUUUCACGUGUUUGUGUCCAGUUGUGACCUGUUCCUAAAUCUUGUGAGGUAACUCUGCCAUUUGUUUGUUUUGUUUUUCAGAUCCGGUGA